AUGGUUUCGCAAAAUAUUUCAAGACGUCGAAGGUUCGCGUGUCCGAAAUGCCUCAUCGGUCUCAACCAUUUCUCGGUAUUUUCCAUAAUCACAACAACGCUUCUUGGCAACGCAGUCUCCCAGAGUCUCGACGACAACAGUAUUUUACAGGACACGAGUAGCAGCUCCAAUAACUCAAUCAAAUUUUUUUAUCUCGACGGAGACUAUUUCAUUGGUCCGUGUCGUAUCCACACGAAACAAAGCUGCCCCGACGAGGAAGUAACUUUUUUUCCUCGUUUUUUUCUCUACACCCGUGAUAAUCCGUCCAACGCUCAGCAGAUUCGUGUUAAUGGCACGUGGUCGAAUUUGAUCGAAAUAAAUUAUUCGAAGAACUAUCCAACGAAAAUCGUCAUCCACGGAUACAACUCGAAUAUGCAUUUAAGCCCGCUGGUUGAUAUUAAAAAUGAAUAUCUGAAGAAAGAGCCAGCUAAUCUGAUAGCAGUAGACUGGCAUCGAUUGGCGGCUGGCCCAUGUUAUCCAAUGGUCGUUUACAACGUUCCUCACGUGGGUCAUUGUGUAGCCCAGCUUAUCGAAAGAUUGCGCGAUGUCGGCACGACGGAUAUUCACGUUAUUGGAUUUAGCCUGGGCGCGCAAAUUUCAGCAUUUAGCGCUAAUGUUCUGAAGCCUUACAAAAUACCGCGUAUCACGGGCCUCGAUCCUGCAAAGCCAUUAUUUGUUCAGGUCGAUAAUAACGGCAAAUUGGACGCUGGUGACGCCGAAUUCGUCGAUGUUUAUCAUACCAACGCCUUCAUACAGGGUCAAAUCAAAACCAGCGGACACAUCGAUUUUUACAUGAACGGUGGAAUUAAUCAGCCCGGAUGCUGGCAGGAGCAAGCUCCAUUUAACUGCAGUCAUCAUCGUUCGGCUGAUUAUUUCGCCGAAUCCAUCAACACGAGGAUUGGCUUUUGGGGUUGGCCAUGUCCCGGUUAUGCAGCUUAUCUAUUUGGUCUAUGCCCACCGAAGUUUCCAGCAGUCUUAGCGGGCGACAACGUCGAUGCCAAAUAUCGAGGAUUUUUUCUUGUCGAAACGAGGGCGGAAGCGCCAUUCGCCAUGGGACCUUUCAGCGUCAAUGCCUCCGACGUUCGUCCAUGA